AUGGUGACUGAUAAAUCGAGCGUUACAGAGGAGCGCGACGAGGAAUAUUGGGAAUCUCGAAAAACUGAAAUUGCUUCAGAAAUGAUGACUCGACUGAAUAAUAUGGCGAAUAAUCAAGACCCUUUAUUUAAAUAUUGCAGUGAUUGGUUAAUAGCGAGAAGCCGACGCUUGUUUAAAAUUGGACGUCAGCGUGUUGAGUCAGAAGAGUGUGAACCUUCAUGCUCAUCUUCAUACGUCCGCAUUCCGAUUAGUGCUGAGAAAGAGUUUGUUUUUUUUAAAUUAUUUGAAUGGCAACUUAACCAUGCCAGUCAAUGA